UCAAACCUCAUUGCCUUGCUCAGAUCAUUUGCACCAAGCAAAUAUUGAAGACCGCCUACUUUCUUUCCUAUGUCAAGAGGUGGUACAUGUGGCAGAGUAAGAAAAGAAGAAUGUCUCAAAGUAUUCAACAGACUCCAGGAGAAAAAUACACCAUCGUCCUGUUGGGAAAGAAAGGAGCCCAGAAGAGGUGCAUAGGAAAUAGGAUCCUAGGCAAUGAGGUUUUUAAAAAUACCUUAAAGGAAUGUGAGAAACAAGUAAACAGAUCAACAGAUGUUGUUGUUAUCAACACUCCAGACGACUUAAUUAAUGAAGAAUUUCCUGUUGCAAACCUGCAAAUUGUUGACUGUAUGACACAUUCACACCCAGGCCCUGAUUUAUUCCUGCUUGUGAUUGAGGAAGGGCGAGCCACACCAAAAGAGGUUAAACCUCAAGUCGAGCUGCUUAAGUACACCUUUGGUGAACACAUGACAGAAAACAUGUUAAUUGUGUUACCAGAUAGUCGUGAUCUCAAAGCUUUUGAAAAAAAAAAAAAACUAAAGUGCUGCACCAUCGAUGAUCUACAUGAUAACCUCACCAAGCCCAAGAAACAUCAUCAAUACCAGUACAACUACCAUGAUUUCAUGACUAAAAGACAAUCCUUCUUGGAGACUAAGAACAAGUCCCAAGAGGCGACAGAGCAUCCUGGGCAUGCUGACCAAGACGUAACAGCUGUCUAUCCCAGCUAUGACACUGGUCAUGGACAUGCUGACAGAGGGGCAACAGCUGUCUAUCCCAGCUAUGACACUGGUCAUGGGCAUGCUGACAGAGGGUCACCAGCUGUCUAUCCCAGCUAUGACAAUGGUCAUGGACAUGCUGACAGAGGGUCACCAGUUGUCUAUCCCAGCUCUAACACUGAAUAUAGCAGAAAUGGUCCAAGACCUCACAAUCAAGAGAACCAUCAAAGUGAUCCCUGCAACGUUGUGAACAUCGUGCUACUGGGACAGACAGGCACUGGAAAGAGUGCUAGUGGCAACACAAUCCUGGGGAAAUAUAUUUUUCAAUCAGAAACAAGUUUUGAAGCAGUUACUAAAGAGUGUCAACUAAAGGAGAAGCAGACAUCAAAUGCAUUGGUUAAGAUCAUUGAUACCCCUGACUUCUUUGAUGAAGAUGUUGAUGAAUCAGUUAGGAAGGAACAGAUUAACUUCUGCAAAGACCUCUGUCAGACAGGGUCUAGUGUGUACUUACUGGUGAUUCAGGUUAGUCGAUUCACAGACGGCGAAAGAAAUCUAUUAUAUCAUUUAGAAAAUAGUUUUGGCAGAGACAUCCUAGAGAAAAUGAUCGUUCUCUUUACUCAUGGAGAGGACCUGAAAAGUGAGAGUAUAGGAGCAUUCCUUAAAAAGGCAGACCCUCAUCUUAAUGAGCUAGUUAGACUAUGUCAUGACAGGUAUCAUGUGUUCAGUAACUCUAUCAAAGACCGUCAACAGGUAGUGGGGCUGUUGGAGAUUAUCUCCAGAUUAUCGAGCCAUGAUAAAAUGUUCCCUGCUUUGCAGGAGUCGGAACUGACAACCACAGAUUCACAGGAGAGAAAAAAAAAGAAUAGUCAAUCCACAAGUUGCUUAACAAGUUAAGCUAUGAUCAUGUAGAAGACAUGAGUGUCACCAAUGACUUCAUAUGAACAAUGGAUUGAAAAUGUUGUACAUUCAUGAUGGAUUUAUUGUCUUUUAUAGAAAUUAUGCUACAGUAUAUAAUUUUCCAGUUUUAUGAAUAACUGUGCAUUUGUUCUAGAUUCCUAUGUUUCUGUAUAUAUUCAUUGAUCGAUAUUGAGAUCAGAUAUUCACAACAUUUUGACUUUAUUGUUUCAGAAAUCAUAGACAACAUUGUGCUAAGAAAAUUACUGUUUAAUGACUAAACAAUAUUGAAUUAUGGUGGAAGGUUUGUGGAAACAAUAAGCUACUGUAACUCACUAAUUACUUACCUGUAUGCCCUGCCCCUGAGGUUAAGUCACACAAGAAUUGGCUCAAUGUGUUACAGAACAAAAUGAAAUGUAGAAAUUAAUUGUAAAUAUGAAUUGUUAUGGUAAGCCUAAGAAAGCAGUGACACUAUCCAGAAUCUCAAAAUGUGUGAAGCAACUCUGCAAAUAAUGUGUAUAGAACUUCAUGAUAUUAAAAUACUUUAUAGCAAUA